GUUAUUCAGCAGCCUGAACGUGCUCGUGCCUGUGGUGCUGGCGCCAAAUCAUCUGCCGACCGUCGUCCCGUGGACCCUCCGCCUGUGGUGGAACUUCGCAUCUACGAGUCGGACCCGAACAAUGAUAUGCACAAGACCGAUAUCACAUUCGCCUACAAUGCCAAUUUCUUUCUCUUUGCCACGCUGGACACGGCUCGCCCGAUUGCGCAACCCCGAAUGUCUGGACAGCCUCCGACCUGCCCGGUCCUGACUGGCGUCCCCGUGGCUGGUAUCGCUUAUCUGGACCGUCCUGCACAGGCAGGAUACUUCAUCUUCCCCGACUUGUCCGUUCGUCACGAGGGCCGGUACCGCCUGAACUUCAACCUGUACGAGGAGGUCAAGGAUGCCAAGGAUGCCGACAAGGAUGCGCCGCUGCCUCCCCAGGACAAUAUUCCGCAGACAUCGCCCAUGAAACCCACCGCUCCCAAGACGUUCUUGCAUUUCCGUCUGGAAGUCAAGUCGGUUCCCUUCACCGUGUACAGCGCCAAGAAGUUCCCGGGAUUGGCCACGAGCACGGCUCUGAGCCGUGUGGUCGCAGAGCAGGGUUGCCGGGUUCGGAUUCGUCGUGAUGUUCGCAUGAGACGCCGUGGAGACAAGGGCAACAAGGACUACAACGAAUACGACGACGAGAGGGUGUAUGCUCGCUCGCCCCGGUACUCGACUCCUGAUGGGUACGCUGCCACGCCGAUUGAGCGCCCGCGGUCGACCAGCAACAGCACGGUGGAUGCUCCGUACGCCUAUGGAUCGGACGCGCAGCGACGACCAUCUCUUCCCGACUAUGGUUAUCCGCCGCCGCCGCCAUACCAGCAGCCUGCUGGACCUCCUGCUGGGCCGCCAGCACCGCCCACGCAUGCCCCUGCUUACCAGUCGCACUUGACUUUCGGCUCGACCCAGUCUCAAUACCAAACGCCUCCACUGCCACCGGCACCCCAACCUGCUCCUCCCACCCCAUCCUACAGUCCUCACCCGCCUGUGGCGCAUGCCCGAAGCUCCUCCAAUUCGUCUGACUACGACUCGUCUUCCCAAUGCUACCCAUACCCUCAGAACCGCCCCCAGACCGAACGGUUCCUGCCGCCUCCCACCUGUCUGGAGCCGCCCAAGCCAUUCAACCCACAGCCGUAUGAGGACCAUCGGUAUCCGUCUUCGACGCGGCCACCUGCGCGUUCCACUACUCCGGUGAGCGCCAUGCUCCCGCCCAUCAAGGACCUUCCUCCCGAGUAUCCUGGCCGCAUCAACCGUGACAACACUGCAACGAAUGGCAAGAAGGUCCUGUACGAGACGGAUUCGACGCUGACGAAGCGAUCGCAUGACGAGACAUUUGGUAAAGAGGAAGAUCGCCCUCUUCAGAAUGGAAAGCGUCCAGAUAGCGAGGAGGACUCGAGCAACGGCAAGCAACGUGCUGUGCCAGAACCUUCUCCGGCCGAUAUGCGGUGGGAAGCGUCGUCAAUGGAGUACCGACGUGCUGACGGGAGCACGGCCACGAAAGUCCGUCAAGUGGUUUGA